AUGUACCUCUGGCCAACGUCGAGUCUCGUAGGGCGCGCUUCCAACGUUGUGGACAUAUCAGAUCCCGACUUUGUUCACGAUGGCAUCGACGUCUUCAGCAUCUUGGAGAGAAUAAGCUCUGUUUUCUCGUUUCUUGGGUCACUCGUCGUCAUCAUCACCUUCUGCGCCUCGAAGGCCUUCCAUAAGCCUAUUAAUCGGCUCGUGUUCUACGCAACCUUUGGCAAUCUCAUCACCAAUGUCGCCACGCUUAUGGCUCGCUCAUUCAUUGGCGAUCAUACAGGCGCGGGCUGCCAGCUCCAAGCCUUUUUGAUCCAAAUGUUCAUGCCUGCGGACGCCUUCUGGACACUGGCCAUGGCUGUUAACGUUUACCUUACAUUUUAUUUCCGUUUCGAUGCCCAGAGGCUAAGAAAGAUGGAAGUUCCCUACUUGCUUCUUUGCUACGGCAUCCCCUGUGUCAUUGCUGUAACCUUCCUUUUUGUGAAGACUCCUCAGAAGGGAAAAAUGUACGGCAAUGCGACGCUUUGGUGUUGGAUCUCCCCGUCGUGGGAUAUCUUCCGUAUCGCGACCUUCUACGGGCCUGUGUGGAUCGUGAUGCUCAUCACUUUCUUCAUCUACAUUCGUGCCGGUCGCGAGAUCUACAAGAAGCACAAGCAGCUGCGGGAGUUUAGCUACACUACGAGCCAUCAUGACUUGGACCAGUUCGGAGGCAUGGACGACCUCUUCACUUCCGUCAAGACAACCGAAGUGUUCGUCACAACCGAAGUCGCCGACAAGCAAACCAUCGAUCUCGCCCCCCUUGGUGCAGCUGACAACCGCCGCAUCUCCACCGCCUCUGCCUCCCCCACCAAGCCGGCCAAGACUGCCUACUCCGUUACCAUAUCCUCCAACCAGCGGCGCCAGUCCCACGGUGACGACCUCGUCCUCCCUAUCCAGACCAACGUCACUUUCGACUCCCAAGCCACAGCCACAACUUCAGCCCCGAUCGCCCGCACCAUCACCGGGCAAAGCAGCAAUGCCCAUCCUCUCCGUCGCCGCGCAGCUUGGGAAGCUAACAACGCCAUCUGGUCAUACACCAAGUGCGCCAUCCUCUUCUUCACCGCCAUGCUCGUCACCUGGAUCCCCUCCUCUGCCAACCGUGUCUACUCCCUCACCCGCCAGGGUAAGGCCUCCCUCCCCCUGGAGUAUAUCGCCGCCUUCGUGCUUCCUCUGCAAGGUUUCUGGAACGCCAUCAUCUACGUCGUGACCUCCUGGAGCGCGUGCAAGCUUCUGUGGGCCGACAUCAAGGCCUUCUGCCAGGGCAAGCCGCUGCCGAGGAACAUGCACCCACAUUUGCACCCGCACUACGGUCCGCAUGAUGACAUGGACAUAGUCAUGAACAUUCCUGGCAUCACAGCGCAGCAUCAGCGGUCGUUGAGCCAUGAUGACUAUUACCACCAAAUAAUGGGCAGCGUCGGGGCGCGCAGCGGGCCGGGGGGGAAAGGCUCCGGGAAUGAGGACGGGAAGAAGAUGUUUGAGAGCGAGAGCAUGACCGAGCUGGCGGGGAGUACAGACCGGAGUCGGUCCGGCUCAAGUUCUGGACCGACGGUCACCAUGACCGGCACGUCGGACUAUAACCAACAGAUGAAGGGGUUAGAGAGAUAG